AUGGGCCACUUUGAGCAUGCUGGGGGCACACCACCAAUCCCAGAACCCCCUCUGCCCACAGGGUUUCCCAGUCUGAUUGAGGAGGUAUGCCCCCUGCUGGCAGGGGCCCACAGACACAGAAUUAUUCUCAACUUGCUGGAUAUGAAAGUUUUGGCUGCAAUCCCAGUUAUUUUGUCCUUUGAGUUUCAGGCCUACAUCAGCCGGCUGGUAAAGAAGCUGAGCAGAAAGAAGACCAAGAUGACAUUCAAGAGCCUGAAAUUUGCCGCAAAAGCAAAUUUAAAACGGGAAUUUCCAGAAAACAUGUUGAGCUACAGAGCCACAGAGCUGCAGAGCUACAUGUUUCACACUCAGCCCUUGCUCAUAACUCUUGUAAUCCGGCAGCAUGUACUGAGAGUAAGACUUCAUGAUAUUGUGAGCUGUACUGUUUGUGGACAACAAAUUAACUAUUAUCAGAAGGAGUCAAUACAUAGACAUCCUGUGUUGAAAGUUCUUAUUUGUAAGAGCUGCUACAAUAAUUAUAUGAGUGAUGAAAUAAGCUGUGAUUCUGAAGGAAUUGAUGAGCGGUGCAGAUGGUGUGCAGAAGGUGGAAACUUACUUUGUUGUGAUUUUUGUCAUAAUGCUUUUUGUAAAAAAUGCAUUUUGCGCAAUCUAGGGGGAAACGAGGUAUCAGAAGUGAUGGAUGAAACCUCUAAGUGGAGUUGUUAUGUUUGUCAGCCUGAGCCUUUGUUGGAUUUGAUUGCCAUAUGUGACAAUGUAUUUAAGAACUUAUCAUACUUAAGGCAACAGUAUAAAAAGAUAAAGUUAGUAAGUAGAAAGAUUGAUAAGUCAUAUGACCAUCCAGAAAAAUUUGAAAUUGGAAGUUGUGAAGAACCACAUCAGGUUCAUGAUUCUUCAUCUGAUUCUGCAGCAUGUUCUUUUUCAACACCAUUGUUUCCAAAAUUCUUGAUUCAAAAGAAAAGAUCAUUGAUUGAUAAUAUGAAAUUUAUUAACUCUAGUUUUGUGGCAUUUUUGGAACAAACAGCCAAUUUAGAAGUUACGACAAAUUUCAAGUUAAGUCAGUUGGAAAGUAUUAAAUAUAUGAUGAUUGAGAUACCUUCAUCAGAAUCAGAAGAUAAUUUUGACAAUCUAGAAACUUCUGUCAGUAUUGAGAAUGAUGAUAGUACUGACACAGAUGAAUCUGCUAAAAUGGAGAAAAGAUCGUUGGAUUUGAAGACAUUAGCCAAAUUACUAAGUAGAUUAUAUAUUAAGCUUUCUCGUAAUUCCAUAUCAGAUUACUUAAUCUUUAGUGAAACUGACCUCCCAAAAUCACCACCUUUAAUGGGACCAAUUGAAAAAGGUAUUUUUACAUCUACUUCAGAAGAAAGUGAUGAUGAAGAGUAUAAAGCAAAAACAUCAAGACAGCAAGGGAAAAAAGUUGCAAAAGAAAAGUUGAUUGACAAAGAUUCCAAUUCAGAUUCAGAUGAAAAGUCAGUUACUUGCAGGAAGAAUACUACAGUGAAUAAAAGUUCAUCAGGAACUGAGACUGAUUUAAAACAUGGCAGUACCCAGAAGAAAAUUAUAUCUAAGGCAAAACGUCUUAAGCUUAAGCGUAUUAAAGCAAAACAAAAGAGAGAAGAUUCCACUUCUGAUUCAGAUAAGGACGAUACAAAAAGUAAAGGCUCUAAGUUCUUCAAGGAAAAAAUUAUCAAGAAAGAGGAAGAUGAAAAUGUGUUAUCCUCUUCAUCUGAUCUAUGGGACAGUGACAAGUGUGAAAUGGCUGUUACAGAAAGUACUGAUGCAUCAGAUACCAGAUAUUUUCAGUCAGAAGAGAAGGAUGAUGAUCCUGAAAAUCGCAAUUUGAAAUCUGAUUCAGACACUGAGCAAAUGAAGAAGCUUAAAUACAAAUGCCCAGUAGUUACACGCAAUUUAAAUAUAAGUGAUGGAGAAUCUGCAAAGGGAACAAAAGAAAGCAAACAUAGAAAGAAGAAGAAUGUGAGCAUUGAUAAUUCAGUUCAUUCUACCUUUCAAGAACCUGCUGUUAUUGAAAAUAUAAAUGAGACUGAAGAUGAUGAUCAACAGCCAAGAACAAGGUAUAGGUCAACCACAAAGGUAGAGGGUAAUCAACCAAGUUACAAGCAGAAGAAGAAAAGAAAACAUCUUAAAAUACGGGAGAAGUUAUCAAAUGAGGAUAAGAAUAAUUCUGAAAAUGAUGAAUCAAAAUCACCUGGAAAAUGUAGAAAGAAAAUUAGAUAUAUCCUUGAAGAUUAUAAAUUACAAAGACAAAUACAGAAAGCACUUACAGCAGAAGAAGGAAGAAGAAAACGUCUUGCUGGAAAAGAUCAAGAAAGAGAAAAAUUAAGAGAAGUAAUAAUUUUAGAUUCUACAGCAUGUCCAGUACCAAUUAAACUUGUGUUAGAUGAGGAUGUUGAAACCAAAGAAGCCUUAGUUCAAAUUCAUAAAGACCUUCUUACCAGAUUGAAACCUCAUCAAAUAAAUGGUGUUCAAUUUAUGUGGGAUUGCUGUUGUGAAUCCGUAAGACAGCCAGAAAAAUCAGCAGGUUCAGGAUGCAUUCUUGCCCACUGCAUGGGUCUUGGGAAAACACUACAGGUUGUGACUUUUCUUAAUACAGUUCUGUUAAGUGCUAAAUUGCAUUUUACUACAGCUUUAGUGGUUUGCCCCCUUAAUACUGUCCUUAACUGGAUAAAUGAAUUUGAGAAAUGGCAAGAAGAAUUAGAGGAAGACAAGAAACUUAAGGUAUUUGAAUUAGCAACCAUGAGACGCCCUCAAGACAGAAGUCAUUUAUUACAAAAAUGGCAAGGCAAUGGUGGCGUAAUGAUCAUUGGCUAUGAAAUGUAUCGCAAUCUCGUACAGGGAAGGAAUGUGAAGAGUAAAAAAUUAAAAGAAGUAUUUAACAAAACUCUUGUGGCUCCAGGCCCUGAUUUUGUUGUAUGUGAUGAAGGCCAUAUAUUAAAAAACAAGUCUUCAGCUAUAUCCAAAGCUAUGAAUUCUAUUCAUACAAAAAGGAGAAUUAUUUUAACAGGAACACCUCUACAGAAUAAUCUAGUUGAAUAUCAUUGUAUGGUUAAUUUUAUCAAAGACAAUCUGCUUGGUUCUAUUAAAGAAUUUAGAAAUCGAUUCAUAAAUCCAAUUCAAAAUGGCCAGUGUGCUGAUUCCACCGUUGCAGAUGUUCGAAUAAUGAAAAAACGUGCCCAUAUUCUCUAUGAAAUGUUAGCUGGCUGUGUUCAGAGGAAAGAUCACACAGCAUUAACAAAGUUUUUACCACCAAAAUAUGAGUAUGUAUUAGCAGUCAGAAUGACAUCUAUUCAAUGCAAGCUUUACCAGUACUAUUUGCAUCACUUAACAGGUAUUGCAAAUACUAGUGAAGGGGGGAGAGGAAAAUCAGGAGCAAAGCUCUUCCAAGAUUUUCAGAUGUUAAGCAGAAUUUGGACUCAUCCAUGGUGCUUACAGCUAGACUCUAUUAGCAAAGAAAACAAGGACUAUUUUGAUGAAGAAAGGAUGUCUGAGUACCUAUCAUCAGAUUCAGAUGAAACCUCCAUUAGUUUGAGUUCAGAUGAUUAUCCUAAGAAAAAAAAGGCCAAAGGUGGAAAAAAUACUAGCUCAAGUGGAAGUGAUGAAGAACCAGAAGUAAUUAAAGUAUGGAAUUCAAGAUCCAGAGGUGGUGCUGGUGGUGGUGAAGGAAAUAAAGAUUCAUCUGUGACUCUAAGACAAGUAGAAAGUGAGUCUAAUGUAGAACUGCCAGGUUCUGUUUCUCCAGACUGAUGUAAAGAUUUUAUUUCAGAUUCUGAUGUUAAAAUUUUGGAAUAUUCUGGGAAAAUGAUACUUCUUUUUGAAGUUCUUAAAAUUGCAGAGGAACUUGGAGAUAAAGUGCUGGUAUUUAGUCAAUCCCUUAUAUCUUUAGACUUGAUUGAAGAUUUUCUUGAAAUGGGGAGUAAGGAAAACUCAGAUGAAAAAGACAAGCACAAAAUUUAUAAAGGUAAAGGAAAAUGGAUUCGAAAUAUUGAUUAUUAUCGUUUGGAUGGUUCUACGAGUGCACAAUCAAGAAAAAAGUGGGCCAACGAGUUUAAUGAUGAAACCAAUGUGAGGGGCCGCCUGUUUCUUAUUUCUACCAAAGCGGGGUCUCUUGGAAUUAAUCUGGUCGCUGCUAAUAGAGUAAUCAUCUUUGAUGCUUCCUGGAAUCCAUCCUAUGAUAUUCAGAGUAUAUUCAGGGUUUAUCGCUUUGGUCAAAAAAAACCUGUCUUCAUCUAUAGAUUUUUAGCCCAGGGAACCAUGGAAGAAAAAAUCUAUGGACGACAAAUAACCAAGCAAUCACUUUCCUUUCGGGUAAUUGAUCAACAGCAAGUUGAACGCCAUUUUACUAUGAAUGAACUAACUGAGCUUUAUAUGUUUGAGCCAAACUUACUAAAUGAUCCCAGUUCAGAAAAGAAGCAAAAAGGAGACAUUCUUUUGUUGCCAAAGGACACAAUCCUUACAGAAUUGCUUCGAAAACAUAAGGAAUACAUUGUAGGAUAUCAUGAGCAUAAUUCUCUUUUGGACCAUAAAGAAGAAGAAGAACUCACUGAGGAGGAGAGAAAAGCAGCAUGGGCAGAAUAUGAAGCAGAAAAGAAGGGCCUGAGUCUGCAUUUCACUUUGCCCAAUGUUACUUUAAGCUCUGAACCUCCAUUUAUCCCUUUUGAUAUGAAGGCCCUCUCAUCAAUGAGUCAUCUACAGUUGGAGGAUCUUAUUAAUCAGGGAACAGCAAAAGUAGCAGAAGCAAAAAACAAUGUGAUAUCAAUGAGAAUUCAACCUCUUGAGGAAAUAAUUUCAGCUGUUAGGAAAGAAAAUACACAUUUGACAGAAACGCAAAUUCAUGCCUUGGCCUUAAAUAAGCAAGCCAGCCAGGAACGAGAUGCUAAGCAUAGAAAAGCCAUCUAAAAUGAUGUAUCACUAAGACAGCAAAUGUUAAUAAGUUGUGUUGAGCAGAUACCAAUGAAUAGAAAACUUCUACGACAAUAUAGUCAAGAUAUGUUAAGUCAAGAAGAAGCUUCCAUUCAUCACCCUGUGCUGCCAGAGCCUCCAAAUGUAGUCAUAAACCCUUGUAGUUACCAGCAUAUCGAUGUGAAAGGUUCAUAUCAACCUGUUAGUGGCAUGGAACUACCAAGAAGAAGCAAGAAUCCAAGAAUGCUGCAAAAGAAAUCGAACAACUGGCUGGAUCCAUUCACAAUUCCUCCCACGAGGUAUCAGUGUCUCAGUCAGAGAGCUGCUAACACAGCGUCAGUUCGCCCAAAGGACCCUGGGAAGCUCUUUAAGCGUUUCUUGGAAACGGCUUACACCUUCUCUGUAACCCUGGGGGAGACAGCAGCAGGUGCCAAAAGUAACGACAGUGGGGAUACUAAUAGCCCUGACGGCGGUAGUGUUGCUGAUUGUAGUAUCGGUUCUUCGGGCAAAGAUGUCUUACUCCAGAGCAGCCCAGCAGGGGGCCCCUCUCCCGAAACAAUCUCCCUCCUCUUACAGCAGCCAGGAAAAAGAUUCUGUUGCCAUAGGAACCCAUCCAUAAGGCCCUUCCGCACCCCGCCCCACUCCACGACUCUGGGGGCAUUCUGCGACCUAAAUAAUCUCUCCACCCCAAGAAGGCUGUCAAGGAAACCAUUACACACCCUGGCUAGCUCCAGCUCCAGACCUCGCAGGAAAUCAAGCAGAACAGCUGUCUCCAACAGCAUGACACAUCUUCUUUCUAAAGGCAGUUCUCAGAUCAACCAGAACCCCACACCUCCAUCUUUCACCACGUGGUGGGCUACGUUUGACAGGCACUCGCUCCCAGGAGCCUUCCUUGGUGAACGCUUUCACAGGGAGCAACGUACUCUGGGACACCAGAGCCUGGACUGGCUGGACACUCUGAGCCUCACAGCUGUCAGGAGAACUUUAGCCUUCUUCCUAGUUACUUACACCCUGGCUGAUAGAGCAAGCACUCUGCCUUCACCGUUCCCUACAAAGCUUUACUGCUUUCUCCUUUCUCGGGGUUCUAAGACUACGCCUGUAGCACUGACUAUACGACGUAGACGACACAGUCUAGUGUAUGGACUACGACAUACGACGUGGUCUUGGAGCAAAGAGGGGACAUCUUUUUCAGAAGCAAAAAAAAAAUUUUACACAUGA